UAUCAAUACGUGUCACUAUCUUUUAAGAUUAAAAAUCUGAAAAGCUUGCGAAUUUCCCUUGAUAACGCUUUCAUAUAAAAUAACGUGCAUCCUAAUCAGAGAGCAUACUUUGUUUUUGCAAGUAAAUAAUCACAAAAAUGAAAUUCCUGCUGUCUGUCGCUGCCGUCAUCGCCGUGGCCGUCGCUGUGCCCACACAGCGCGGCCUCGUGGCUCCCGGACCCGCCGGCCCCGUGCCCGCGCCUGAGUUCGUGCCCAUCUCCGUCGGCCCCGCCAUCAUCGACUCCUUCGAGCCCAUCGCCAUCGGACCCGCCCUCGUCGAAGCUGAAUUCGAGCCCAUCGCUGUUGGACCCGCAAUCGUUGACUUCCCCCUACCCGACGGUGGUGUUGUUGCUGAGCCCGUCCUCGCUCCCUCUCCCCUGCCCGUCAUUCCCUCUCCUGUUGCCAUCAUCCCUGGCCCCGCCGCCGCUGAGGCUGCCUCUGCCACUCCCCUGGUGCAGAUCAUCCUGAACAUCAACCAGGCUGCUGCUGAGUCUCACCCCAUCUCCGUUGGACCCGCUAUCGUUCCUGAGCCCGUCCAGGUUGUCGAGGUCGCUCCUGAACCCGUACAGGUUGUUGAGCCCGCACCCAUCGCCCCUAUUGCCGUGAACCCCAUCGGUGUUGUCGCCCCCGAGCCCGUCCAGGUCAUCGAAGCUGCCCCCGUCCCCGCUGAGCCCGUUGUCAUCGGCACCCCCGUGCUCCCCGAGGCCGCCGUCGUCCUUCCCGAGGCCCUGAACUAAACUUAGAUGUAUAUGUACCUUACUAUUGUAAUUGAGAAGAAUGGCAUGGUAACCUUCAAUGGACUUUCUACCAACGAGAUGAAACGCUUGUACGUCCAGUGAGAAAUAAAGCACGAUUCGAAUCAUCA